AUGCUCUACCAUGGUGUGGAGAUUUUACUGAGUGCUCGGACUGUGUGCCAGCAGAAGGGUGGGUAUGACCCCCAAGACUUGAGACAAUACUGUUCCCACAAGGCCUGUGGGAACAGGUUGCCUGAUCUUACCAGCCCCCCCAAACCAGGGUCUCCUGGUCUCAGCAGUCCCCUGAAACUAGCUUCGCCAUCCAGCUCCCCCAGCGCCCUGAAGGGCGUCUCCCAGGCUCUGCUGGAGCGGAUCCGUGCCAAGGAAACCCAGAAACUGCAGGCGAUGAUGACCCGCAGACCUGAGCAAGAAGAACGGCUGCUGGUGCUGUCCAGGCUGCCUGAGCUGGCGCGCAUCCUUCGGAGUGUCUUUGUGGCCGAGAAGAAGCCGGCCUUGACCAUGGAGGUGACCUGUGCCAGGAUGGUCAGCAGCUACCGCUCAUCCAUGACGCCUGGGGAAAUGGAGAAGCACUUGCAGGUCCUCUCAGAGCUGCUUCCAGACUGGCUCAGUCUUCACCGCAUCAGGACCGACACAUACCUGAAGCUGGACAAGUCUGUGGACCUGGGUCAUGUUUCGGAGCGACUUACCAGGAUUACCCAGGAGGAGGAGAAGUUGUAAUUCAGGCCCUUCCUGGAAGACGUGGCUGGACUCUGAGCACUGUUUAAAUCACUUAAGGCUGUGGGUGAAAAGAGGGGUGUAUAUAUGUGUGUGUCUGUGUGCACGUGCACAGGGCUGGAAGAAGGUAGAAUGAACGUGUGAUCUUUCUAUAUUUUGUCCCCAUUGGAAAAUAAAGCAGCUUCUUUGUAGAUUGCAGGGUGUGUGAUCAAAGUUAGACACCCUUCUGCAAUCUAUGCAGCUGCUAUGGGCCGUAGCUGCCCUUACUGCCUCCACCCUGGGCUUGGGGCUCUGGCCUCACUCUGCAUGCUCAGGGUGUUACCCACUGCUAAAGUACUGGGUACCCCGGCCGAGCAAGCAGCCUGUCACAAAAGCCCAUGUGUGGGCAUCACUGGAUGUUGUUCGAUGUGUUGGCAUUAAAUGUUUAUGGAGU